CUAUUAUCAGAUCUUCUCCAAAUUUAAAAUAUUUUGAUAUUUCUGGUAAUGAUAUCAGGGAUAAGAUUGUUGAAGCAGUAACAUAUCCAUGCCAUGAAUUGGAAUAUCUUGAUCUUGUAGGAUCUCUUGCAUAUAAUAUCCUCAAAAUCACAGGAGAUACUAUAAUUCAAAAAAUCGAAAUCCCAGAAAUCCCGAAAUGCUCAAUCUGUACCAAAGAUAUUUUAGCAGUUUCUUAUAAGGCAUUUACUAUACUCGAAUGUGGACACGUCUUUCACAGAGUUUGUAUUGAGAAAAAAAUCAUGCAUACGGUACCAAGUAUAUGCCCUUUUUCCGGUUGUGGCAAAAGCGUUGAUGUUGUUGAUGAGGGUUCAAGACGAGACUCUGUAUCUUCUCAAACAAGUGGGACCUCGACUCUAGUUGGCGAAUUUACCCGUAAUAUUGGAAUUGGUUCUCCUAGAAUUUCAUCCCAGGAUCGAGACGUGGAUAUGGAUGGAAAUGAAGAAACAGAGCAUCGAGUGGAAGAAUCAUCUACUACAUUCCCCGAAAUGAACAUAAACUCGGUUAAUUUUCACGAAUUAAAUGACAUGAUCAUCAAAGCCGAAGAUAAUAAUCAAAAAACUAGUCAGGAUCUAAUUCGAAGCUACCAUUGUUUUGGGAAAGGAUAUAUGUUGUGGUUUAGUUUUUAUGAUAAAACAUAUAGCGAGGAUUCUUCUAAUAGCCUGGUUAAUGAUAAAAUUAAGGAACACAUUCCCAAUCAAGACAGAAUUACAGAGACUACUAUUCGAAAAAGAAAAAAGGACGAUAACGGUCGGGUUAAAUCCUUUUCUGCGUUAUCUAUUUCAAAGCUGAGUAAAGAUGAUAUCGAUUAUGUAAUAGCCAAAGUUUUGAAGGCGAAUCAAACUUAUCUCUUACUUGAACGAGCACAAGAAUGGUCCUACACUGAAUUUUUAAAUCUUCACCGCAGUGUUAUUCUUUCCUCGCAACCUUUUUCGAACGAUUGGACUGUUCUUAACCUCCCUUGGACUCGUAGAUUUCUGAAUCAAGCAAAAAUACUGAAAUCAGACUAUGAGGCUGUAGAAAAACAGGUCGUGUAUUAUUCCCUCUUUGUAAUAGGGAGCUCCUGUUUAUUGUUGUCUGGACUAGGAAUAUUGGCUGUCAUUCCAUCCAGAGUAAUAGUGAUGGUAAAAAAGCAAAGUGCAAACAAAAGUUUGAAGACCUACUGGAAAGAAAUAAUCUAUGAAUGGGAAAAGAUGGAAGCAAAGCAAGCACAUAUUAUUGGCAGUAUGAAAGUGUACAGCAAAGUUGCAGAACAUAAUGCAAAAACAUCAAUCUCCAAAGACUAUUCUAAUAUCUUUCCUUUGCAAAGUAAAUACCAAAAAUUUACUGAAUACUUAUAUAAACAAGAAGUAUUAACUGAAGGUAUAGAAUUAUCAACCACUUAUAAUGAUACUCCAAACAUGAGACCAAGAAAUAAUAGCCAAAAGUUUGAUAUAGAUCUUGAAAAUGAGAAAAUAAAGUUUGAUUUUACAGUUAUUGAAAAAGAAUUGCAACAGAAACCAAUCAAUAAGUUAGUUCUAUCAAUAUAUCUUAAAGAUUUAGACAAUAUCAGAUAG